UAGGAGUAGGGUUUUUGUUGGUGGCAUCACAGCGGCGGCGGAUAUGAAGAGCAUACUGUCAUCGGAGACGAUGGAGAUCCCCGAAGGGGUGAAGAUAAAGGUCAAGGCCAAGUUGAUCGAGGUGGAGGGCCCGCGGGGGAAGCUAACUCGCAACUUCAAGCAUCUCAACUUAGACUUCCAGCUGAUAACGGACGACGAAGGCAACAGAAAACUCAAGGUCGAGGCCUGGUUCGGAACAAGGAAGACCUCCGCUGCUAUUCGAACCGCUCUCAGCCACGUCGGCAAUCUCAUCACUGGCGUCACCAAGGGCUACCGCUACAAGAUGCGCUUCGUCUAUGCCCACUUUCCCAUCAACGCCUCCAUAACCAACUCCAACCGCUCCAUCGAGAUCCGUAAUUUCCUUGGCGAGAAGAAGGUUAGGAAAGUGAAUAUGCUUGAAGGUGUCUCAAUUCUUCGAUCAGAAAAGGUCAAGGAUGAGCUCAUUUUGGACGGAAAUGAUAUCGAACUUGUUUCACGCUCAGCUGCCCUUAUAAACCAGAAAUGCCAUGUCAAGAACAAAGAUAUCAGGAAAUUCCUUGAUGGUAUCUAUGUCAGCGAGAAAGGCACAGUAGCUGGUGAAGAUUGAUCCUUAUUUAUACUUAUUUAUACUAUUUAUACUAGCAAGCAAUCGUUACAUUGGUACUUAUAAAAAAAAAAAGUAAUCGUUACAGUGGUACUAGUACUUAUGUUAUGGGGAAAAUCUCUACAGUUUUAAUCUUCCCUUCACAAAUGUUUUGCCCCCCGAGCGUGAGGACAUAUUUUCUUUUCUUUGUUUGGAACUCAUGGAUAAGGAGGUAUCGUAUGUCUAUAUUAAUUAUUGUUUGUGCUGUGUUGGAUUUUGGUUAUUUAUUAAGUGCAUAUAAAACUUUGGAAUUUGUAGUUUUGA